AUGAUGAGUGGAGAAGGGAAAGCAGUGUGUGUAACAGGAGCUUCAGGUUACAUAGCUUCAUGGCUGAUCAAGCUCUUGCUUCAACGAGGUUACAUCGUCAAAGCCUCUGUUCGUGACACAAAUGAUCCGAAGAAAACAGAACACUUGCUCUCACUCGAUGGAGCUAAAGAAAGGCUUCACUUAUUUAAAGCAAAUCUUUUGGAAGAAGGAUCUUUUGACUCUUCAUUUCAUGGUUGUGAAGGUGUUUUCCACACAGCAUCACCUACAAUAUUUUCAGCGUCUGAUCCACAGGCAGAAAUAAUUGACCCAGCAGUGAAGGGAACACUUAAUGUUCUCCGGUCAUGCGCAAAAGUUCAAUCUGUGAAGAGAGUGGUUGUGACAUCUUCCACGGCUUCAGUUGUAGAAAAUGGAAAACCUCUAACCCCUGAUGUGGCAGUUGACGAGACGUGGUUUUCGGAUCCUGUUUAUUGCGAGAAUUUGAAGCUUUGGUAUCCACUUUCAAAAACUCUAGCUGAGGAUUCUGCUUGGAAAUUUGCAAAGGAAAAUGGUAUAGAUUUGGUCACUUUACAUCCGGGAAUUGUUGUUGGUCCUCUCUUACAACCAACUCUUAAUGGCAGUGUGGAGCUGAUUCUGAGCAACAUAAAUGGACCUCAAACAUUUCCCAAUAGAGUUCGUAGAUUUGUCGAUGUUAGAGAUGUUGCUUUUGCACACAUUCAAGCAUUUGAAGUUGCUUCUGCUAAUGGAAGAUAUUGUCUAGUUGGAUAUGUUCAGCACAUGUCGGAGGUUUUGAAGAUUUUACAAGAGCUCUACCCUGCUUUGAGCCUUCCUCAGAAAUGUGAAGACGACAAGCCUCUCGUGCCGAAGUACCAAGUAUCAAAGGAGAGAGCAAGAUCUUUGGGAAUUAGCUUCACUCCUUUGGAAGUGAGUCUGAAAGACACUGUUGAAAGCUUAAAGGAUAAGGGUUUUCUUUAACAAUAUUGUGUACAUUGUUAUUGGGAACUAUGCGAUCAGCAGAAGUAAUUACUACAAUACAAGCUUAAGUAGAUAAAAAGAAAUUAUAAAAAAAUUUCCAAUUAUAAACAAAUUAGACUGACUGCUUUU